GGAACACUUAUUCGUAAAUGUUUCUCGUCGGACUCUGUAUUGCAACGAGCAGCGUGAGUUUGGUUAACAUGGUGGACAACUCUCCCUCUCCUGUGAAUGAAAGAGGAAUUUAUGGCUUUGUUCUUUUCCUUGGCUCAGAGUUUGCCCUCUUUCUCUAUUGUGUGUGGGCGUUUGUGCCAGAAGAGUGGCUUCAUCUUAUUGGCCUGACUUACUGGCCCCAAAAGUACUGGGUUCUAGCCGCACCCAUCUAUUUUCUUGUUGGGUUAGUCGUGUUCGUGGUUGUUCUUUUUGGAGUGAACAUGAACAAUACAGCUCCACUGGACUCGGUGGAUAACAUCACAGAUGUAUAUGCUGAAAGCCAGAAAACGGAAGCAUGUGAGAAGGGAGGAGUGCCAAGACUAAAAGAUGUUUCCAUAAGUGAUGUAAAUAAUAUGUUUUAUUUAUCUCCACCCUCAGCAAGCAGAAGGUGAUUUUGAUAUAUUUUUAUGAAUUAAUGUUCUUUCAUAUGUGCAAUAUGCAUCACUGUUGUUUUUUUUAAAGCUGACAUCUGUACAUUUAUUAGAUUUUUGUCUCCAAUCGCUUUUUCUAAAACAUUCCACAGCAUGGUAUGACACCUAUCUAUCAAUGGGCACAAGCAGGUGGUGCCAACAGGCCAAGUUACAGGUCAGAUUUUUUGGAGAGGUGACUCCACUCAUAGUAAGAAUCCCUAUUUUAUGAUAUUUUACAGUAUAUUCCAGGCAAAGCAAUAACAUCGCCAUGGAGACAAGCAAGUGUCUUACCCUCAUCAGAGAAAUUAUGCAAUCUACAUUUAAUUUAAUAUAUUUUUUUAUUUACCCUUGUGCGGUGUAGAGGUCUUUUAAUGGCACAAAAGCAUCUUAUGAUUAAGUUGACUACUAGCAAUUUUUAUACUUUUUUUAAAAAAAAAUUUUAUAAUUGCUCAAAAUAAUUAUUAUUUCCAUUAAAUAUUCAAAUCAUAUUUUAAUUUGUUUCUUCUUGAAUGGCUUAUCAAGAGGUAAAAAUAAAUUUUCUAUUUUAUUUAACCAUGUGUUUGCAAAAUGGAUUGAAAGUGUAGCACUAAAGCUGUAACAAUGAAACGAACACUGCAGGGUUAAAAUUGCCUUUACUUAAUUAUACAGAAGUGUGUGUUUGAUUUACAUUCAAUCACAGCUACAGGAACCGCUAAAACAGGAACAGAAACCGAGUUCUGUACCACAUGGUUAACUGCUUUAGAACUAAUUUAGUUUGACUUGUAUUUUCAAGGUCAAACAACCAUACAAUUCAUUCACACACUUACCACUGUGAAUGAACUGUAUGGUUGUCUUAAUUAACUUGUUAGUUGGGAAAGUACUUUUAUUUUUACAUCAACUGGCACCAAAAAUACACGAACGUAUUCCAGAGAGUAAAAUCUUCACCUUUCUACUAAAUACAUCCGUGUAUUGAAAAUAAAACUGAGAAGUAAAAUAAAAAAAAACAUCAUGUGUAGUUUACUGUUGAACACAUGAAUGACCA